AUCCAGGAGGGGACCCAGUGCACUAAAUGUAAGAAUGAGUGGGCAUUAAAGACCUCGAUAGCACUGCUCUACGUGCUGUGUACUCUACUCACCAUCGCUGUGGCUGUCCUCGGGUAUAAAGGUAAGCAGGGACACCUCUUCAUGUUUAUCUAUCUGUCAGUCAAAGUGCAUGGGUGUGUCCCAAAUGGCACCCUAUUCCCUAUGUAGUGCACAACCUUUGACCAGGACCCAUAGGGAAUAAGGUGCCAAUUGGGACUUAGCCCAUGCUACUUUAUAGAGGUAGGGAGAGACAUAUUUUCAUGCGUGUGUAUCUAUCAUGCAUGCUACUUUAGAGACAUAGAAUGGAAAGUGUAUGUCACUGUGCAACCGUGGUGGCUAGCAUUGUUCAACCAAACCUGAUUAUGCCGAAACAUGUUGUUGCUUGACAUAUUUCACUAAAGUUGUGCGGUUCAUUGAGAAAGUGAGUGUCCAAACUGUGCGUGGGGUCCUUGUUCAUAUCCUGCCAGGAAAUAAGAUUGCAUUGGAGAGUGUGUGUGGGGGGACCAGGCUGUGUGUGUGUUGUGUGUGUGUGUGUGUGUGUGUUUGUGUGCCUAACGUCCCCAGUCACCCCUUUCGGUCUGCCCAAACAUGACAUGGAUGCUGUUGCACAAUGUUUCAUUGUUAUUAAUUAAGGCUAGUGGAAGAGUCAUGGAAACUCUGAGCGAUGCCACCGACUGUAAGAUCAUCACACUCUCUGAAACCAAAACAAGCCAUUUUCUCUCGAAAGUAACAUUUACACACAGUCAGCCGCCCCCUUUUCUGCGAAACCUCAGCACCGUUGUCUGUCCUCCCCCUUGCACCCUUACUGCACCCCUGCACACGUGCCCCCGUUCACCCUGUCUCCGUUUAUUUAACCAACACCCCCAAUCACACCUCCGGGAACCAACCCGGGGCUUUGUGGAGCUCUACUUCCUGCGUACCGAUUUUUCCAGCUUUGGGAAAACUGUCCCGCAACGGUCCGAAGGCCAAACUUAAGACUGUUCCUGUGAUAAUUGCGCUAACUAUUCCCAUAUGUGUACACAUGUGUUUUUUCCUAUUUACAACAUCUCAAAAUGACACCGGUUUAACAUCUCUCGUGGUUAUUGGGGAUUCUCGACUACAUUAAAAGUGAUGUCCUUUACACUCACACUUGAGUUCAGUCAGUCAGCAGUCAAUCCUCAUCCUUGUUCCCCACUGUAUAUUUUUAUGCAUCCCUAAUUUAGACCAGAUGAGCGGUGAACUCGGUGCCACUCUAGCAGAACCCACUGAAAUGUUUUUUUUUUUACUGGCGGAGCUGUAGUACUGGGCUGUCCAGGGAACCACAGCUCCACAGCCUAAACAUGCAUUCAGGUCCAGAUGGUUAUGUGGAGUGAGAUCCCAAUGCUCUAUUCACUUCACAUCUGUAUUCUGUACUGUAGAAUACAGUAUAUGAUGAACUGUGACCAGAUAUCUUAACACCGAGCUGACCCUGUGCUCUCUACUCUCAACCAUAACAAUGUCCUCGCUUCAUCUCUUUAUCUCUUUAUGGUGUGUAUGUGGUCUCCACUGAGAUAUAGAACCUCCGUGAUAUAGACUUUCCUUGCAGGCAAGACUAGGGCUACGUCCCAUAUGUCAACCUAUUCCCUAUAUAGUGCACUACUUUUCACCAGAGGGCUCUGGUCAAAAGUAGUGCACUAUAUAGGGAAUAGGGUGUCAUUUGAGACACGACCCAGUUUAUAUGAGGAUCAGAAAAAGGUGAAUAUGAGGAAGGAGAGGACACAGAGAGGGGAAGUGGAGGGUGUAGGGGGAGUCUCCCCACUCUUUGUCCUCACUCAGCACUCCUGCUGCAUUCAUUUCUUUUUCCCUCUCUUUCUUUUCCUCUGUUUCUCUCUGUGCUCAGGCUGUGUGCAUGGGAUCUGUCACUACAUUCUGGGCUAUAAUCAGAGCUUUAGCCAAAAUAAGCGAAGGUGUCAGGUUGUGUGUAUGUGUGUAUGCACGCAUGUGUGUGUGUGUGUGUGUGUGUGUGUGUGUGUGCAUGCGUUUGUGCGUGCGUGCUCGGUGCCUGCUCAGUGUGUGUGUGUGUGUGUGUGUUUUGUGUGUGAGGAAGGGAUGACACCCAUAAACCACAGCUGCAGCACAGCUGGCCUAUUACACGGGGCAUAGUAGAGCAUAGCUCUUGGCCAGAUAUUAUACAGUAUGUGUGUUUGUGUGUUUGUGUGUUUGUGUGUGUGUGUGUUAUAGAGAGAAACAAUGUACAGUAAAUGUAUGGUUUAAGGUGAAUGUGUAUUUUGUGCUCUGUGUGGUACAGUAGUGUAUGGUGUCUGGAAAUGUGUUUCAUUUAGUUUGCAGUGGAACAUUUCAUUCAGACUGGCCAUACCUAUCCAAUCUGAGGUAAAACUACUCUUUCAAUUGACAGGGAGUUUUUAUAGUUCAUAUGGCUUUCUCCAAACUGUCAUAGUUGUUUUUGUAUUUCGAGAGUAUUUUGGGUGGUUAGUCAUCUAUGAAGGUGAAAAUGUGAAACAUACAUCUGUCCACCAGGGUGAGAAGGCUAUAUCCCUAGUGGCAUUUGAUUUCCAUAUACAGGAGACUUGAUUUUCCCAAAAUAUUAGGACGUCUACUCUGUACGAAGCCAUUUUCCAUCAUAAUUAUAUGACUUCUCUCUGUUUCAAGUCUGGAGACUUUUCUUGGAAUGGUUGGCAAUGUUGUUUUGAUGUCUUGUUUCCUGCACUGGAAAGAGUGGGAUGCUGGGAGAAUGAGACAUUCAGUGAGUGUAUGUAGUAAACGCUUUCUCAAACAUGCGAAAGCAAUUACUUCUGAGUUUCACACUACUACACGUCUAUGACACCACCCAUACCAGGCACAUAUCCAGAAAGUGUCUCAGAGUAGGAAUGCUGAUCUAGGAUCAUCUUUACCUUAAAUCAUAAUGAAUAAGAGGGGUGGGGUGGGGUGGGGGGGGGGGGGGGGGGGGGACCUGAUCCUAGAUCAGCACUCCUACUCCUACAAGCGAUUCAGUCUACUCCCAUUUUAGUUUAGCCCAAUUACAGACGAACACAUGCAAGUCAUUCAAAGCAUGCAUGAAUUUCUGGGUUUCUAUUUUUGUAAGGCGUUUUUUUGCAUUGUUUGUUGACAAUGAGAAAAGUACACUCAUCCUUGGUGGUUUGAAGAAUGACUCAUUGUUGUUUCUCUGUCUCUCAUCUCUCAUUUCCAAGCUGUUGCCUUUCAUCCUCUCUGUCAUUGUCAGUUAGAUGUUCUAUCAGCACUCUACUUGUAUGUCAUGUAAAUGUACUUCCUUAAUUGGGUCGUUCCAUGAAAUGAGUGCCUUUUGUGAAUAGUUAUGCACGCUCAAAAAAUAUUUUCCAUCUUCAAAGUGGUAGGCAUGUUGUGUAAAUCAAAUUAUACAAACCCCCCAAAAAUCAAUUUUAGUUCUAGGUUGUAAGGCAACAAAAUAGGAAAAAUGCCAAGGGGGGUGAAUACUUUCGCAAGCCACUGUAUGUGAACUGAACUCUCAUUUUUAAUAUGGUCAAACUAUUCCUUUUUACAUUUUUUUUUCAAAAUAAACAUUGAAGCAGGUGAGCUGGUUCUACUCUUUUUGACCAUUUUGUGGUGUUUUGUGUUAGACAACUGAGCGUGUUGAGCAUAACACAUCAACCCUGUUACCCAUAGACAGGCUAGAAAUAUUUUAACAAUUUACACACAACAAGCUUCCAUUUCCCCUGAUUUAUGGCUGAUUUAAGAUGAAAUCGACAACCCUGUUAUGGUCAACCAUGUUACUUUAUUUGGCACUUAAUAGGCACAAAUUUUUUAUUUUACCUCUUAAGAUUGGAAAACAUGCAAUGCAGGAAAUGUUAAACUUAUAGGGCUCUAUUUUUGGCUGGUGUUAAGCCAGCACAAUUGUCAAACACACGCUUGUUUGCAAUUUCGACCUGUUAAAGCAGUCACUCUUCUAUUUUCAAACCAUAACGCCAGGAUUGGUAAUUUACCUCGUAAGGGACGGUAACAACACAUCUGCUACGCUGAUCCUCAAUUCGGGGGGCCCUCAGGGGUGCGUGCUCAGUCCCCUCCUGUACUCCCUGUUCACCCAUGACUGCAUGGCCAGGCACGACUCCAACACCAUCAUUAAGUUUGCCGACGACACAACAGUGGUAGGCCUGAUCACCGACAACAAUGAGACAGCCUAUAGGGAGGAGGUCAGAGACCUGGCCAUUACAUUUACAUUUACGUCAUUUAGCAGACGCUCUUAUCCAGAGCGACUUACAAAUUGGUGCAUUCACCUUAUAGCCAGUGGGAUAACCACUUAACAAUAUUAUUAUUAUAUUUUUUUGGGGGGGGGUGUGGGGUGGGGUAAGGGGGGGGGGGGGGGGGGUAUUGCUUAAAGAGGUGGGGUUUCAAGUGUCUCCGGUAGGUGGUGAGUGACUCCGCUGUCCUGGCGUCGUGAGGGAGCUUGUUCCACCAUUGGGAUGCCAGAGCAGCGAACAGUUUUGACUGGGCUGAGCGGGAACUGUGCUUCCGCAGGGGUAGGGGGGCCAGCAGGCCAGAGGUGGAUGAACGCAAUGCCCUCGUUUGGGUGUAGGGACUGAUCAGAGCCUGAAGGUACGGAGGUGCCGUUCCCCUCACAGCUCCGUAGGCAAGCACCAUGGUCUUGUAGCAGAUGCGAGCUUCAACUGGAAGCCAGUGGAGUGUGCGGAGGAGCGGGGUGACGUGAGAGAACUUGGGAAGGUUGAACACCAGACGGGCUGCGGCAUUCUGGAUGAGUUGUAGGGGUUUAAUGGCACAGGCAGGGAGCCCAGCCAACAGCGAGUUGCAAUAAUCCAGACGGGAGAUGACAAGUGCCUGGAUUAGGACCUGUGCCGCUUCCUGUGUAAGGCAGGGUCGUACUCUCCGAAUGUUGUAGAGCAUGAACCUACAGGAUCGGGUCACAGCCUUGAUGUUAGCGGAGAACGACAGGGUGUUGUCCAGGGUCACGCCAAGGCUCUUCGCACUUUGGGAGGAGGACACAACAGAGUUGUCAACCGUGAUGGCGAGAUCAUGGAACGGGCAGUCCUUCCCCGGGAGGAAGAGCAGCUCCGUCUUGCCGAGGUUCAGCUUGAGGUGGUGAUCCGUCAUCCACACUGAUAUGUCUGCCAGACAUGCAGAGAUGCGAUUCGCCACCUGGUUAUCAGAAGGGGGAAAGGAGAAGAUUAGUUGUGUGUCGUCUGCGUAGCAAUGAUAGGAGAGGCCAUGUGAGGAUAUGACAGAGCCAAGUGACUUGGUGUAUAGCGAGAAUAGGAGAGGGCCUAGAACUGAGCCCUGGGGGACACCAGUGGUGAGAGCACGUGGUGCGGAGACAGAUUCUCGCCACGCCACUUGGUAGGAGCGACCGGUCAGGUAGGACGCAAUCCAAGAGUGAGCCGCGCCGGAGAUGCCCAGCUCGGAGAGGGUGGAGAGGAGGAUCUGAUGGUUCACAGUAUCAAAGGCAGCAGACAGGUCUAGAAGGACAAGAGCAGAGGAGAGAGAGUUAGCUUUAGCAGUGCAGAGAGCCUCCGUGACACAGAGAAGAGCAGUCUCAGUUGAAUGACCAGUCUUGAAACCUGACUGGUUUGGAUCAAGAAGGUCAUUCUGAGAGAGAUAGCAAGAGAGUUGGCUAAAGACGGCACGCUCAAGAGUUUUGGAGAGAAAAGAAAGAAGGGAUACUGGUCUGUAGUUGUUGACAUCAGAGGGAUCGAGUGUUGGUUUUUUGAGAAGGGGUGCAACUCUCGCUCUCUUGAAGACGGAAGGGACAUAGCCAGCGGUCAAGGAUGAGUUGAUGAGCGAGGUGAGGUAAGGGAGAAGGUCACCGGAGAUGGUCUGGAGAAGAGAGGAGGGGAUGGGGUCAAGCGGGCAGGUUGUUGAGCGGCCGGCCGUCACAAGUCGCAAUAUUUUAUCUGGAGAGAGAGGGGAGAAAGAAGUCAAAGCAUUGAUCUUGGUGGCCAUGUGGUGCCAGGAUAACAACCUCUCCCUCAACGUGAUCAAGACAAAGGAGAUGAUUGUGGACUACAGGAAAAAAAAGAGGACUGAGCACACCCCCAUUCUCAUCGAAGGGGCUGUAGUGGAACAGGUUGAGAGCUUCAAGUUCCUUGGUGUCCACAUCACCAACAAACUAACAUGGUCCAAACACACCAAGACAGUCGUGAAGAGGCCACGACAAAGCCUAUUCCCCCUCAGGAGACUGAAAAGAUUUGGCAUGGGUCCUCAGAUUCUCAAAAAGUUCUACAGCUGCACCAUCGACAGCAUCCUGACUGGUUGCAUCACCGACUGGUAUGGCAACUGCUCGGCCUCUGACCGCAAGGCACUACAGAGGGUAGUGCGUAUGGCCCAGUACAUCACUGGGGCCAAGCUUCCUGCCAUCCAGGACCUCUAUACCAGGCGGUGUCAGAGGAAGGCCCUAAAAAUUGUCAAAGACUCCAGCCACCCUAGUCAUAGACAGUUCUCUUCUACCGCAGACUCCUGAACAGCUAUUCAUGGCAACCCGGACUAUUUGCAUUGUCCCCCCCCCCCCCCUUUACGCUGCUGCUACUCUGUUUAUUAUCUAUGCAUAGUCACUUUAACUCUACCCACAUGUACAUAUUACAUCAAUUUCCUCGACUAACCUCCCCUCCUGUCAAUGAAGGCUGUUUUUUUUGUCCUGCCCAAUGCAUUCGUCAAGUAGUCAAGACUAUCGAUAAAGGGUUUGGCUCAUGAGACCGCUUUGAAAUAAAUCUUAAUCACGAAAGCAUUAUUAAAAGAUCAUGUUUGGGAGCAGCAAAACAUUGAGCAGACAUUCCCUUUUUAUCUAUGUUGGCUAUUACAUUAUUUUAGCCAGCUCCUGUUAUUAUUUUGGAUGUGCGUAAAAACCCCUCCAUGUAGGCUAUAUGCCCAUCAUGGAACGAGAGAUGAGAUGAUCCGGGGACACUGGUACUUAGAAACAUUUAAGUUAUUUUCCUGUAACAAUUGCUUGUUUUCCAUUUCGUUUUAUUAAAGAACAAGCCCUUAUAGGCUACCCUUACACUACUAUAAUGAAAGCUGGUUCAACAGCAAUGGGUCUGGGUUCUUUCUUAUCCUGGCCAUGCAUUAGCUAAGUAACCUAUCCAUCAAAGGUUUCUAAAUGGUAUACUCGUGACGCUUUUGCCGACAUGCUUUUGCAUUAUUCACAAUUCACAUACGCCUACCUGCAGUGCAUACUCCAUUCGGCAUGUAUCCAUCCCCAUUUCCAAAGAGCUCCUCUUGUCCGGUUACUAAAGACAUGCUCCUCCAAACAUAUUUGAAUUAUUCAGUUCUAUAACAAUAUCAAAGGUAGGCCUAGGCUAUAUCUUGCUUAUUGAGAACGUGCCUCACAUACAAUGCAAUUUGCGGGAGCCUAUAAUUUUUUAUUUAAGGAGAAGUGUGAUGCAUAAAGGCGUUGAAGCUAAUUACAAUAAUGUUGACUGUCAACACUACAAAUGUAUUGAGCAAACACUGGAUUUUUUUUUUUUUACUGUUGCUAUCACUCGUUUCUUACUGUAGCCUAUGCAAUUUAAUUAACUGUAGUAUCAAACCACAAUGGACUAGGAUAGAAUAUUCCGUGCCCCUAGCUGAAUUGGAGUUCAUGACAAAGCAAAGACCGUCAAUAACCUACAGAACUUGAAACAAACACAUGCAGUAUUAAGCCAUGGAACGCCUUGAUUGGUCAGUGAGUGGCCAAGCCCUCGUCACACCUACACCUUGUUUAUUCAUCAAAACCCAGCCCUUUCAUUCCACAGUCAGUUACUGCGCUCAUAAUAACGGCUGUGAAAAUAGCAAAAAAAAAUCAGACACCCCCCGGACAUAUAGCGCUACCGCCAGCGCUUAAAUGUACUAUUGCGUUAGGUUUGUUAAAAUAGAGCCCAUAGUGCAUUUGAGGUUUAAAAAGUAUUCUGAAGUUUGUAAUUUACACUUUGAAAUUUCAGACUUGAUUUUCACUUACGAAAAAUGUAUCAACCCCUACAAAAUGUCCAUUAAUUAUAAUCCACAUAAUAAUUCACAGUUCCUGUUACUGCAGGCUUAUUUUCUUGCUGUAGCAAACUGGCUCAAGUUAAGAUGCUACAUCUGUACAGCUUGCCCAGAUAAACACACUCAAUCAUAACAGUGGGAUCUAUCUAUCCAUGUCCUCCAGUGCUCUCAGUCAGAAGGAGGAAUUGAGGUGGUGGUGCAUCUUCUCCUCGUGUCUUUAUGAUCUUUAUGAUGAUUCGGCCCUUGGUGGUCAGAAUAAAGUGAAUGAUGAUAUCCAUUUAAGGGUUGAGCUCGGUGGGGUCUUUGAGCCUGAUUAGUUGCUUGGUCUUUACCUGUUUUCUUAAGUGGAGGAUAGAAAUAACAGCUAGGGUACAGUUUUCACUGGUUGUAACCCCUGUGGUCUCCAGUUAGAUGGUUAGAGAUGGCUCCCUAGCCUGUGGAAGUGGUGGUGGUGGGGUGAUUCCAUGGAAUCCGAGACACAUUCCAGAGGAAAUGAAGGGUCCUGUCGCCUGUGGGGGAGUAAAGACCCUCCCUGACACAGCGUCUGUCUCCUUAGGUUACCCUUUGAUCCCCCUGUUUACUGAGGACCCCCCUCGGGUCGCUUCCUGUCCCCCAGGGUACCUCCAGUGUCUCUGUGCUACCCCUCUCCUCUCCAGACCCUACUCCUUCUGACCACCCACCCCCUCUGCACUCAUCUGCCAGUGUCUUCAGUGUCUCAUGCUCAGUCUUCAUGGACACACCCAGUCAUUGAGACAUUAUUGUGUAUUACAUGACCAUUUCCUAAUCCUAGCGCUUGUGAUUGCUGAGGCGACCAUUAUUACAUACCCACAAGACAUAUAGACAUCUUAUAUAUUGUGUCUGAGUGAGGUUUCAUAAUAAUUCUUUCUGAUCCCUUUUAUACAUGGUGUCUGUGGUUGCAGGCUAUUCUGCCCAUCCUUCUCAGACUGUUAAUAUUGUAUGGCGUCCACCACUGUGCUGAAGAGCCAACCCUGAACUGUGUUGUGUUGUUUGUGUUGCAGUGGUGCAAAAGGUUGAAAAUGUGUCCGAGGGUAUCGAGAGCUAUGGGGGGAAGAUCAUUGCAGUGGAAACAGACUUGAAAAAGCUAGGUGAGUUUCACCACUACCUGCCACAUAGUCACAGCUGUAUAGGGCAUAUACUAUAGCCAGUUGACCAUGCAGUAUCCUUUGUAACUUAAGCCUGUGCAUUGUGUUGAAUAAUAACAAUUAAGAGUUACUGUUUUGACAGACUUUGAUUGAAGUCUUUGAUUGAAGUCUUUGAUUGAAGAGUAACCACACCAACCAUCAAGUAACAAUUUCUUUCACACCAUGUCCCCAGAUGACCAGACUGGUGAGAAGUCGGAGAACACUACCACAGAGAUCCAGGCCUUUAAGAACAACAUCCGGGCUCUGCAGAGGCAGCUGUCCGAGGUGGCCGAGAGGAGCAGCAGUAACCGGGCGGCCCUGGGUCGUCUGCAGGAUGCUGGCCUGGACAUGCAGGGCAGCCAGGGCUCCAUACAGGGUCUGCUGGACGCCAACACGGCCACGCUGAGGUCCGUCAACGGCACCCUGCGGGCCUACGGCGGCACCAUGGAGGGUCUUCAGGAGGACACGGCUCGGCUGCAAACGGAGCUCCAAGAGCAGGUUCGGCAGCAGAGCCAGGCCCUGCUGAGCAUCGGGAAUCUUAACCUCACCCAGGCCCAACAGAGGGGCCUGAUCUCGGCUUUGCAGAGGUCUGUGGACGACACCAGCCAGGCCAUCCAGAAGAUCCGAAACGACUUCCAGAGCCUGGAGCAGACGGCCAGGCAGACGAAGUCGGACACUGAUUGGCUGAGGGAAAAGGUGCAGAACCUCCAGGUGCUGGCCUCCAACGCCUCUGCCCUGGCCAAGGCCAACAACGACAGCCUGGAGGACGUGGGAUCUCAGCUGGCCUCGCUGUCCGGUCAGCUCCAGAACACCUCCAGCCUGGCGGAGAACCACGACCAGACCCUCAGGGAGAUCAUGGACCAGCAGCGCGACCACGACAACCUCACCUCCUCUAAGUUCGACCAGCUGGAGAUACGCCUGGACGAGUCAGAGGGGAGCAUCGACCGUGUGACGGGCAAUAUCAGCUUUACUACCCAACUCCUGGGUGCCAUCAACCUCAACCUCAACGAGCUGCGCACCUGCGCCGAGACGGUGGGGCGCCACUCCGACUACCUGUCCGACCUGAACGCCACCGUGUCGGACGUGAGGUCGGACGCCACCACACUGAGGUCGCAGCAGGACGACCUGGCGGCCCGCCUGGACAAGGAGGUCACCAGCCUCUCCAUCAUCAUGGAGGAGAUGAAGCUGGUAGACAGCAAGCACUCACAGCUCAUCACCAACUUCACCAUCCUACAGGGUAAAUCAAAUGAAAUCACAUUUACAUGCGCCGAAUACAACUGGUGUAAUGCUUGCUUAUGAGCCCUUCCCAACGAUGGAGAGUUUAAAAAUAAAAUAGAAACACAAGAGGAAUAAAAUAAAUUACACAAGAAUGGAGCUAUAUAUACAGGGAGUACCAGAUCAAUGUGAGGUACGAGGUAUUUGAGGUAGAUAUGUACAAGAAGGCAGGGCAAAGUGACACACACACAAACACUCCUCUAUUACACUAGUAGCUUUUUAGUUGGUUUUUAGUUGGUUCACUCAAAAGUUGAAAACAGUACAGCGUUGAACAGACGCAGGUUUAUAUCAUUUUUAUUGUUUCUUGUUUCAGGUCCACCUGGUCCAAGAGGCCCGCGGGGAGACAAAGGACCCCAGGGAGGAGCCGGUCAGCCCGGUCAGAAGGGGGAGAAAGGGGAUACGGGUGGGCCUGGGGUGCAGGGGCUCCGUGGAGAGAAGGGAUCUCCAGGACCACCAGGAAUACCAGGGUUCAAAGGUCAGCCAGGCUCACGAGGGAAUCCAGGGUCAAAGGGCUCCCGAGGGUCAGGGGGCAGGGCAGGACCCCCGGGGGCGAAGGGUGAGCCAGGCACGGCUGGGCUCCCUGGGAGAGACGGACAGCCCGGUCCUCAGGGGCCACCAGGUCUGUCGGGAGACCGAGGACAGGUGGGGCCGGCUGGGGCACAGGGACCCAGGGGACCGGUGGGACCUGUGGGGGCCCCAGGGCCAUCUGGACUGCCAGGACUCCCUGCCCGAUCUGCAGCAGCAGUGCCUUUGGUCCCUUUCUCGAUGCAGAGUGAGGCACCCGCUCCUACUGUGUCGGCCCCAGGUGAUACUCAUUAGUUUUUAUACACCAUCGAUAUGUCUGUAUCACUCUGUCAACACCAACUAUGAUAGACAGGACAUUAGUUCUUUGUGAAAGUAUAACAAUAACCAUUCACUGCAGGUUGUCCUCAAGAGUGGGUUGGCUUCAGAGACAAAUGCUAUCACUUCUCCAAAGAGCUGCACAACUUUGACGAUGCAAAGAAAAGCUGUGAUGCCAAGACUGCGUCAAUGGUGAUCAUUAACGAUAUGGAUGAACAGGUAAGAAGAGUCAUCCUCAUAGGCCUUUCGGAAUCAAAAGCACAACUGUUCGAAUAGUCAUAAAAUGAGUGACAUUACUGACAUCAUGUUUCCUUGUUUUCUCUCAGAAAUGGCUGCAAAAGCAGACCUCUGGAAAGGGCUACUUCUGGAUGGGUCUGACAGACAGGGAGGAGGAGAAUGCAUGGCGCUGGCUGGAUGGAACCGAACCUGCCUUCUCGUAUGUAUAGCACCUCAGUGUCAAGGCUGAUGCUAGUCUUUCACAGCUGAGAUAAUCCCAUUAAUAUCAGUGCAAGACUAAAGGGGAAGUCACAGUAAUAAUAAUAAUAAUAUGCCAUUUAGCAGACGCUUUUAUCCAAAGCGACUUACAGUCAUGCGUGCAUACAUUUUUGUGUAUGGGUGGUCCCGGGGAUCGAACCCACUACCAUGGCGUUACAAGCGCCGUGCUCUACCAGCUGAGCUACAGAGGACCACAGUUACCUGCAUGUGUCUCAAGUUAGGUUUCAUCCCUCACUGUAUAGUGGGGAUUUCAGUGUGUGAGUGCCCUCUGCUGUGUGACUGUAGGCAGUGGAAGCCAGGACAGCCAGACAACUGGAGCCACGGGCACGAGAGAGGAGAGGACUGCGCUGGCCUCAUCCACGAGGGA